GGAGGAGGAGGAGGCUGUGUGAUGGCCCUGGACGGCGAGCGGGGGGAGCAAGAGGAGGAGAAGAAAAAGAAGAAGAAGAAAAAGAAGAGGAAGAAGAAGAAGGAGGAGGGGGCUGAGAAGAGCAGCUCACCCUUCGCGGCCACCAUGGGGGAGAACGACGCCGCGCUACGGGCCGGCGGCAGGGGGCUCUCGGACCCGUGGACGGACUCCGUGGGGGUGCGACCCCGCACAACCGAGCGCCACAUCACGGUGCACAAGCGGCUCGUGCUGGCCUUCGCGGUGUCCAUCGUGGCACUGCUCGCGGUCACCAUGCUCGCGGUGUUGCUCAGCUUGCGCUUCGACGAGUGCGGAGCUAGCGCAGCCCCGGGCGCCGACGGCGGUCUCGCCGGCUUCCCGGCACGCGGGGGCAACGGGAGCCUUCCGGGUUCCGCCCGGCGCAACCACCAGGCUGGCGGGGACUCCUCGAAGCCCGAGGUAGGCGGAGAGGCCACCCCUGGGACCCCGUCCGCCCAGCCGCCGUCGGAGGAGGAGCGGGAGCAGUGGCAGCCGUGGACGCAGCUGCGCCUGUCCGGCCACCUCAAGCCGCUGCACUACAACCUAAUGCUCACCGCCUUCAUGGAGAACUUCACCUUCUCCGGCGAGGUCAAUGUGGAGAUCGCGUGCCGGAACGCCACCCGCUACGUCGUGCUGCACGCCUCCCGGGUGGCGGUUGAGAAGGUGCAGGUGGCCGAGGACCGGGUGGCUGGUGCUGUCCCGGUGGCCGGUUUUUUCCUCUACCCGCAAACCCAGGUCUUGGUGGUGGUGCUGAAUAGGACCCUGGACGCGCAGAGGAAUUACAACCUGAAGAUCAUCUACAACGCCCUGAUCGAGAACGAGCUCUUGGGCUUCUUCCGCAGCUCCUACGUGCUCCACGGGGAGAGAAGAUUCCUUGGUGUCACUCAGUUUUCACCUACCCAUGCCAGAAAGGCAUUUCCUUGUUUUGACGAGCCGAUCUACAAGGCUACUUUCAAAAUUAGCAUCAAGCAUCAAGCAACCUAUUUAUCUUUAUCCAAUAUGCCAUUGGAAACUUCUGUGUUUGAGGAAGAUGGAUGGGUUACGGAUCACUUUUCACAGACCCCUCUCAUGUCUACAUAUUAUUUAGCCUGGGCGAUCUGCAACUUCACAUACAGAGAAACUACCACCAAGAGUGGGGUUGCAGUACGAUUAUAUGCAAGACCCGAUGCUAUCAGAAGAGGAUCUGGGGACUAUGCUCUCCAUAUAACAAAGAGAUUAAUAGAAUUUUAUGAAGACUACUUUAAAGUGCCCUAUUCCUUGCCAAAACUAGAUCUCUUAGCUGUGCCUAAGCAUCCGUACGCUGCUAUGGAGAACUGGGGACUAAGUAUUUUUGUGGAGCAAAGAAUACUGCUGGAUCCCAGUGUUUCAUCUAUUUCUUAUUUACUGGAUGUCACCAUGGUCAUUGUUCAUGAGAUAUGUCACCAGUGGUUUGGUGACCUUGUGACUCCAGUAUGGUGGGAAGAUGUGUGGCUGAAGGAAGGUUUUGCUCACUACUUUGAAUUUGUUGGCACAGACUACCUCUACCCUGGCUGGAAUAUGGAAAAACAGAGGUUUCUGACGGAUGUUCUGCAUGAAGUGAUGCUGCUUGAUGGCUUGGCCAGUUCCCACCCAGUAUCACAGGAAGUGCUGCGGGCCACAGACAUUGACCGGGUGUUUGACUGGAUCGCCUAUAAAAAGGGUGCUGCUCUAAUUAGAAUGCUGGCUAAUUUUAUGGGCCAUUCAGUAUUUCAAAAGGGUUUACAAGAUUACUUAACCAUUCAUAAGUACGGCAAUGCAGCCAGAAACGAUCUCUGGAAUACACUGUCAGAGGCUUUAAAACGGAAUGGAAAAUUUGUAAAUAUACAAGAAGUAAUGGAUCAGUGGACACUCCAGAUGGGUUAUCCUGUUAUCACAAUCUUGGGAAAUUCAACAGCAGAAAAUAGAAUAAUAAUUACCCAACAACAUUUUAUUUAUGACAUCAGUGCUAAAACUAAAGCACUCGAACUUCAAAAUAACAGUUACCUGUGGCAGAUUCCACUAACUAUUGUGGUAGGAAAUAGAAGCCAUGUGUCUUCAGAAGCAAUUAUUUGGGUGUCUAACAAAUCAGAGCACCACAGAAUAACUUUGGACAAAGGAAGCUGGUUGCUGGGGAAUAUCAAUCAAACUGGCUAUUUUAGAGUCAACUAUGAUUUAAGGAAUUGGCGAUUAUUAAUUGAUCAAUUAAUCAGGAACCAUGAGGUUCUCUCUGUCAGUAACAGAGCAGGUUUGAUUGACGAUGCCUUCAGCCUGGCCAGAGCCGGCUACUUGCCUCAGCAUAUCCCCCUGGAGAUUAUCAGAUACCUGUCUGAGGAGAAGGAUUUUCUUCCUUGGCAUGCUGCCAGUCGAGCUCUUUAUCCCCUUGAUAAAUUACUGGACCGCAUGGAGAAAUACAAUGUCUUCAAUGAAUAUAUUUUAAAGCAAGUUGCAACCACGUACAUCAAGCUUGGAUGGCCAAAAAACAAUUUUAAUGGAUCUCUUGUUCAAGCAUCCUACCAACAUGAAGAACUCCGGAGAGAAGUUAUAAUGCUGGCGUGCAGUUUUGGCAACAAACACUGUCACCAACAGGCAUCGACACUUAUUUCAGAUUGGAUUUCCAGCAACAGGAACAGAAUACCACUAAAUGUUAGAGACAUCGUCUACUGUACAGGAGUUUCACUACUAGAUGAGGAUGUCUGGGAAUUCAUAUGGAUGAAAUUCCACUCCACUACAGCAGUUUCUGAGAAGAAAAUAUUAUUGGAAGCCUUAACUUGCAGUGAUGACAGGAACUUAUUAAAUAGGCUUCUGAAUCUAUCACUGAAUUCUGAGGUGGUAUUAGAUCAAGAUGCAAUUGAUGUGAUAAUCCAUGUCGCUCGAAAUCCACAUGGCCGAGACCUUGCCUGGAAGUUUUUCAGAGAUAAAUGGAAGAUAUUAAAUACCAGGUAUGGAGAGGCAUUAUUUAUGAAUUCCAAACUCAUUAGUGGAGUUACAGAAUUUCUUAAUACCGAAGGUGAACUCAAAGAGCUGAAGAACUUCAUGAAGAACUAUGACGGAGUAGCUGCUGCCUCUUUCUUGAGAGCUGUGGAAACCGUGGAAGCCAACGUGCGCUGGAAAAUGCUUUAUCAAGAUGAGCUUUUCCAAUGGUUAGGAAAAGCUCUGAGACACUAAACUCUCUCUUAUAAACAAUCCGACUCCGAAUUUUGGGAGAAGACCUGCUUUCUAUGGAAUGAGGAAAAUGUGCUAUGUAGAAAAUGGCCAGAUUUUCAGCAUUAACGUGUGGGAGGAAAAUUUUAUUUAUUUAUUUUUUUGGUUUUGGGGGAAUUUUUUGUUUCAUUCAUUCUGUUUUGUUUCUCUACUGGGUGUUCUUCUCUAAAGAAACUCUUGCAAGUGACACUAGCCAUGAUGGCCUCAGCUGUACAUUCCUCUUUGUACAGGACCAAAUAUGAUAGUAGUGCAUGCUGAUGUUGCCGUCAGUUUGGAAAAACAUAUUCAGAAUAUUUUGUGCAUGGUUGUAUGGUCCUGCCUGUGUUCAGCAUGCUUACUUAAACUGUCUGAUGUCGUAUGUGUAUAUAUGUUACAUCCAGGAUGGGCAUUAUACAAAAGCACAAAGAUUAUCUAUGACAAUCAUUGUUGCAAUGAAAGAAAAACUGAAAAGGAAUUCUCUUCUUAGUCCUGGGCAAUGUGGGAGGUGAAAUAGCCCUUUAAGUGAUCAUUAUCACUUCUUUCAGCAAUUGGCUUGUCUUGCAAUGAUGACUGUGUAGCUAACUCAUUUUCUUCGAGUUAAAGCCGUGUAUACGUUUAAAAAGGCGUAUAGAUAGUGUAUGCAUAUGUAUAUGUACAGAGGGAAGCCCUAUAUGUAUAUAGUAUGUUGUACACUGCACUUCUGCAAAGAAUCUCUUCUAAUCAAAGAAACUUUAUCUCUUUUUAUAAACUUGUGCAAACUUUGAAAAGGCUGAAAAGAAUUUAUCUCACCACUCUCCACCAUUUCCUAACUAAAUUUCUCAACUCUUACAGAUUUUUUUCAUCUACUUCCUGAACAACAGUCUAUUCUACUACAUGAAAGUGAAUUCAAGCAAAAUUUGUGUAUAAACACUCUUCUAAUUCUCCAAAGUGGCAGAAACAUAUCCUAAAUACAGAUUCUGUCAUCAUUCUGGUCAAACUUCCUGUUGCAUAAAACAAUUGUGCAUGUUUAAUAAUUAUCAGUGCUGAGAAAACGUUUCUUUCCCAUCUUGUUUGUUUUUCCAUCUCAUGUUGUGUGGUCCAGAGGGUUAAAAACUUUCUGUGUGUGUGUGUGUGUGUGUGUGUGUGUGUGUUGGUCUUUGUGUCUGUGUCAGUCAAAUCCUCCAUUAAGUGACGGGACCUCAAGUAGGUCUGAUACCAUGUAACGACCCUUGGAUCCCAGUCGUGCCAUCCAUUCAGAGGACAGUUAUUUUCCUUGGGCAAAGCUUUUUCUUUGGCAUUGACAGCUCUCUUCUACCUAGGAAUUUUAAAUAGCCCUUGCCAUGGCUGUCUGUUAUGUAACACAAGUGCUUUUAAAUGGAAUUCUCACCCAGUAGGCCAGCUCUCCAAACAUUGCUUAGAUGAUCCAAAAUGAACAUAUUUUAAGUUUGCCGUUAUAAAAUACCAACAAAACCACUGGACCCAAGCCAAAAGUUUGUGGACCACUUUUUAUUGUCCUGAGGUUUUCCACUCCUCCAAAUCUUCUCUCAGAUUAUUGAGAGAAAUAGAUUCUAAUAGUCACUGAGCACUGGGGGAAAAAAUAGGUAUUAUAGAAA